AUGACUUCAUCUGCUGGCUGGCAGCCAGCCAAACAGCCGACCAGUAUGCAUCGUCUCCCAUCCGUUUCUAGCCUCAUGUCACCCCCAGAGACCAAGCCUCUCGAGAGCUUUCCUGUCUCGCUUUCACCAUUUACAAAGCCUCGAGAUUCUCCAGCUCGUGACAUACAGCUUCCACCUAUCUCAGCCGAUCGAAAACGGACGCAAUCAGAGAUGGACCUUCCAUCGCCACCUGUGACUCCCUAUACGGGGAACAAGAAGAGCAAUUCUCAUGCCUCGGAUCAAAUUGAAAGGGACUUGGGAUCUCCCAGGGAUCCUGUCCUUUUCCCCCCGCAGGACUCCGUUACUGACGUUUCUACGGAUGAGCCACUGUUCGGCCCCGUUCACCCUCCAUCUGCAGAGGCACUUGUGGAAGAGCACAUGAAUUCGCAUAUGGCAAUUUUUCGCAAUAAGUUGAAUAAACCCACACGAGAUGAAUACCUCCUGGCGCUCUCCUGUGUUCCUAUUGUCUCGACCCAAUACAAUCGUAAUCCGGCUGCCUGGGCUCGAGAGGAACGGGAGACGCUGGAGCGCCAAAUGGCCAUGAUGAACCGCUAUCGCUCAGGGGAUUAUGAACCCAAAUUGAAGAAGAUUGCUCCUGCUCCGGCGAAAAGGUCAGGAACCCAGCCGCGCAUACAGCGAACCCGGGUCAAACGUACCCCUAAAUCCACUCCCAAGCAGCAGCCACGUGCCUUGGGUACGAAUCGUGAUGACACCGAUUAUCACUCACUCAAGGAUUACUCGCCCCCGACAGAAACGCUAGGCGGUAAUGCCAAAGCAUUGAAGGCAGAUUGGAAGGGGCAGAUGUUGGAUUUGAGCAAUGACCCGGACAGAAAUAUUCUCAGUCCCGCCGAACUCAAUCUCGCCUCCACUCUGAGACUUUCAUGUGCGACCUAUCUAUGCAGCAAGCGUCGAAUUUUUGAAGCUCGGGUUCGAGCCCUUGGUGUUGGCAAAGAGUUCCGCAAGACAGAUGCCCAGCAGGCUUGCAAGAUCGAUGUCAAUAAAGCCAGCAAACUUUGGACCGCUUACGAACGUGUGGGUUGGUUUAAAGCUGAAUAUUUCCAUCAAUAUCUAGCAUGA